AGGAUGAGGGGCCAGGCACGUGCUGAGGGUGUUUCAUUUCUAGCUGGGCUUGGGUGAAUUGUGGUGUGAAUACCUGACGAUUGAGAACCUCAAGGAAACUCAGACUGCUCGUCAAUGCCCUCUACCACCCAGCCUCCUUGCUUUAGCUUCUCAGAAGCUUCCUUUGGCGCAUGUCUUCUUGUCUUCUCAUCCUCAGGAAUCAUGAACAGAGGCUUUCUUUAGAAUCUGGUUGCAGAGUGAUAUAAAUCAAGAGAGUUACUCUCGGUGAGUUCACAGUCUAAGACACACUAGCAUUAGUACUCACACACAAGACCAAGGCCCAGAGAACUCCCAUUCUUCCAUCUCAAGUCAUAGGUAGUUGACAUGACUGUAUUGGUGAAAGUGCAGAGGCCAAGUACAGAAACAGAGUAGCAAUCCUGCAGGAUUUCUGUGGGACCUCUGUGUUCAAAUAUUCAGGGAAAGGGAAGAACAAAUUUUCCUGAGAAACAGGAGAAGGCCUCACAGGGAAGGUAAGCUUUCGUGAGUGCCCUAAUCUCUCUCCUCCUCCUCUACCCUUCCAGUGCCAAUGCCUCCUUACCUUUGAAGGCCUCAAGACUCUGGGAAAUUACCUCCCUCCCCUUUCAAUAUUAGUGAGGGGCCAAAGCUACAGGCUGGGAAAAUCCAGGCAGAACCCAACUAAGUGUUUAUUUGGUUUCAUUUUGUUGGUUUGUUUUUGAAACUCUAGAAGUCUGGGUUGCCCUUGCCAAUAUUUCCACCUUCCAUGCCCAGAUGUUGCUGAUGGAUUAUGGAACCCUUUCCCAUUGAUCCCAGAUGUAAGUUCAGAAUUUUUUUCCCCAUUUUUUUUUAUUGUGGUAAAAUACACAUACCAUAGAAUUUAUCAUCUUAACCAUUUUAAACUAUACAGUUUAAUGGUAGUAAGUACAUUCAUACUGUUAUGCAGCCGUUACCUCCAAGCACCUCCAGAACUCUUCAUCUUGCAAAAUGGAAAUUCUAUACCCAUUAAACAAUAACUACCCACUCCUCCCUCCCAAGAAUCCUUCUUAAGACAACGCUUUUUUAUAAGCGCUGCCAAUCUGUUCAAGUUGGCCCAAGAAAUGAAGGCUGGAUGCUAGAGAAAUGAUGAUGAAAGGAGCAGGAGCCAUGGAAACCAACAGGGAGAGGGCUGGCAGGGAGAGUGGUGUGUAGGGGGGUAAUUCCCUGCUGUUUGCUUGGAAGCUGGGCUAAACGUCCUAUGUGGAGCUGUGGUGUGGAUGUGUCACCUCGCUGCCUCUCUUCCAGGCUGAGGCACCAAGUUGGGUGACUCAGAUCACAGCACUGAUCUGAGAUCACUGCACUGAUCCAUUUUCCCCAGCCUCCUAGGCCUGAGGGCAAGUAGAGUUUAAGUGGAAAUAAUUCUGUGUGAAAGCUGCCUGCAGAUUCUGGAGUUACAGCUGGUGUGUGGUUGAGAGUAUUUGGCCUUAUCUGAUUUUACAUGAAUAUUUUUAGGUAUUGUAGGCUUUGAAAGCCUACAAAUGAUCAUAGGAGGUCACUACUCUUUUUUUUGGACUCUGAAUUUCUGGAAUUUCACCUCUGAGGUCACUGUUGUGCAAUGUGGAAAGAAGAAUGUAUUAGGAGGAGAUUAUUCUUAGAAAAGGGCAAUACUUUGGUUGGAAGAGAACCUAGUCCACACUAUUCAUAGCUCUGUGGGCUUGUGGAGUGAUUGGUGGAGGCCUCAGCUAAGUCUCAGUGUCAAAUUUGCUGGCCUCAUCAUGGUGACUGAGCGAUAUUUAGUGAUGGUUGUUCAGGAGGGUGAAAGGACCAAGAAAUGGUGAUCCAUUUAAAAGUAGAAAUUGGUAGCUGCGUUUUCUCUUUUGUAAUUUUGAGGUUUUUUUCACACCUGUUGCCCCAGAUGCUCUUCAAAACCAAAGAAGAAGAAUAUUGUAGGGUGUUUUGGGCAAAGGAAUUUGGCUGUUACUUCCUCUGUUACACCUACAUUUCCCAGAAUUAUGUGAAAUUAAGCCUGUCCUUAAGAAAGCUUUCUUUCCUGAAGUCCUAGCAACUGCCCAGAUGAGAACUCUUAGGCCAUUCUAGACUAGAAAAUGAAGUGUAUUAUUUCCCUGAACUCGAAAAAUACGAUGGUUUUACCUUAAAAAAAAAAAAGCAUUUACAAGAAAGUUCACUGGCAAAAACACAUGUUGACUGGUAAGGCAUUUCUGUCACUUCCUAAUCUUACUUCUUGAAGAUUCAACCUUUAAGGAAGUUAAUUCAUUUCUCAGAAAACCUCAACCCACCUAAUUUAGAUGUGUUCUCAUCAAGCAGCUGCAAAGCCUUAGUCGUGUGAUCCAAACUCCUAUAACAGCGUGUUUUUCUAGUCAGUGAAGCUUUCUGCUUAAGUUCCACAGAUUUAUAACAAGGUUUCUACCAGUUUUUUACAACUAUCAAAUAUAUUCCUUAUUUAAACAAUUGAACGCUGCUACUUAUAAAGCAAAUGAGUCUCUUAGGGUAAAGUUUUAAGAGAAAAUCUAUGCCUAAGGUGUGAUUUCAGGACCUAGCAUAGGUGGAAGGAACUAGAAGGGGCCUGAGAAGGUGAGGAAUAGAGGCACAAGGAGGUGAAGAGGUUUGCCUGAGGCCAUCAGCCUGAUUUGUGGCAGAGCUGUGACUGUCUCUGUCUUCUAUAGAUACCCUGGCUGCCAGGAUGGUCUUUCCUUACUCCUCUCUGCUGUCAGCACUUUCUUCACGCAUCGCUAACAUUUUUCUUUACCAGUUUAUUCCAACUCCAACUCUUAUGUGGACCCUUCAGUGACAAUGGAAUCUGUACUGGGACUCGCUCUUUGCCUUAGGCCAGCUUGGUGCCAAAAGCCUUUGCACUUUACCGCGUAGCUGCUUGCUCUGUAAACCUCGGCUCUGGAAAUCAUUCCUCACUCAACUUUCUUUCCAGUGAACCAAAGAGAACGUUUCUCUUUCUACUCACCUCAGCUUUCCAGCCUCUCCAUUCCAUUAUUUCAUUUGACAAGAAAGCCAAGAAAAGCUACAGAGCCCCAACACAACAGCAUUUGGAAGGUUAUUUUUAUAGUUUUAUACAUUUCUACUAAAAGAAGGUAAAUAUCACUUUUUUUGAUGCUUAUUUCUCAUACUUUGGGUUCACGAAGUAUCGUACCUACAGCUUUCAACAGUUAUGUUGUUUAAUACAUGUUUAGUAAUAAACACGAUGACAUUUUUGCAAAUCAUUUCUCCAUCCCAGAGGAGACUUACCGCCACUGGUUAGCGUUUGGUCUUUCCUUCUGACCAUCCUCCGUGUUUCUCUCACCAAAGGAACCUGCGAUCCCCCCAAGAGCAGAUAAUUUUGGCGCUGUCCCUGGCUAGCGUUGGCAUGGAGAUGACUCAGCUCACCCAGGAGAACGCAGACUUCACCACCCGGGAUCGCUAUCACCACUCCUCCCUCGUGAUCCGGGAACAGCUGAUGAUGCCUCAGUAUUAGAAUACUGAGUCAUCAGUACGAGGCAGCCUGGGAGCCUCCCCUCGUGUAGCUGUCCAGGGUACAGUGGACCCAAAUCCCAGAACCUUUGUGAAGCUGGUUCUCCUCGCUGCUGUAAAAAACCACUGGCUAGAAAGCAACACUGAACAACCCCACACAGAAAAUAUUACCUUUGAUCAGAAUCAAGUGGACUUUUCAACAGUGGCCGCCAAGGAGGAUGUGAUGGUUCAGACCCCCAGGAAGAGCCACACUUCUUCAGAUGCUCCAGGAAACUUCACUCCACAAACUGAAACAGCAGCUACAGGAAGAAGUAACUCUUCAAGGGGGACAGAUUUCACCAUUUCCCCUGUUGGGCCUGAGAGAGCAGCCGCUCUGACUUCCCAGAGCAGCACCUUAGCCUUGGGAAGGCGUCACCCGCCGUCCAGCAGUUCAGGGUCAGAAGGAAGCACCGCCCCAUCUCACACGGAAAGCAGAACAUCCUGGGGUUCCCCGGCAAGGGGGCAGGGGCUCCCUGAAGAAGUGACUGUGCAUACCCAAGCGGCUGCCACUUCAGUUUUGACCCAGUCUUCUCUUCCUGCUGUGGAGCGGGGAGAAGAGACCACACUCCCCAGGCAGAGAGAUUCCUCAGGACCAGAGCUCUCCUGGCUGCCUCUUUCCAGGACACCGGCUUACUUCCCUCCCUCAGACCAGUCCGCAUCUUCUGGAAGUACGGAAGAUUUAAAGAACUCCACUGCUGUCCACAGCCCCUCGGUCAGUGGGACAAAGAGUGUCCGUGUUGCUACCAUGUUCCCCGACGGUUUCCCAAGGAUGCUCCAGUCUUUAGCCAUCAGUCCAGGACCUCUAAAUGAGACAGAGCGUUUCCCUGAGGACUCUGAAAUGACCACUACUUCAGCAUCAGUGCAUUCUUCACCCUCUGAGGCAGGGUGGAGAAGAAACAGUGGAGUAAUAAGGAGCCCAGGGGAUGAGGAACUCACUAAGCCAUCCACAGAAAAUGGAGUUGGCCUUACGUCCUCCAAGGUCUCGGGGGAAUUUUGGCAAAAUGAUUCCCCAACCUCCAGAGGACACCAACUCGCCAGCAGCUCUGGUGCAGGGAGUGGCAGCCCCGUUUCUCAGACAGCGACUGUGUCUCGGUCAGUCCCGCCGGCAAGAGGUGGAGAGAGCACUGCUCGCUCGUUCUUGACCGACAGCAAGCCGUUCACAGAUGCGACCGGAAGCUCCACUUCCCAUCCCGAGGUUGUGAACGCUUCGGUUUUGACCCGGUUUUCAGCCUCAGCCCCACAGUCUCGAGGAAGUGACCCAGCGCCUGGUGAGAGGAUCUACUCUGAACCGGCCACCGGGUCCUUGUCUUCAUCCUCCUCAGAAAGCCUGGGCUCCGCAGCACCACGCGGGGAGCGCUCCACCACCGAAGACAGUCCUGAGCUGGCCGUCAGUUCCGAAGUGGAGGAGGGGGCGCCCGGAGCCCGCGCUCACAGCCCGCACACCUGGGUGACUUUCACUGGCGUCGGAGAGCGCACGCUGCGAUCUCUCACCAACGGCAGCACGACUCCUGGGGAUGUGGAGCGCUCAGCGGCGACGCCCAGAGACGCGGAGCACCCCGCUCAGCGGGGGAACGUGACGGCGACCUGGGAUGCCCACCCAGUCUCGGGUUCACUGGCAGCCUCGCGAGUCCUCGGAGUCACUGGAAUGAGCUACGAUGCGGUGAGUGGCACGCACCCUGAACACGGGACGUCCAGUGACUACACAGACCACACCUAUGUUUCAGCUCCUUUCACCAAAGGGGAACGAGCACUGCUGUCCAUUGCAGACCACAGUUCAUCCUUGGAUGCAAGGGAGAGUUCCACCUCUUCUGUUAAGAUCUCAAGCUCUUUGCAUUCAGACUAUUCUUCCUCUUCUCAGGCUCAGGCAGAGAGAAGCAACGUCUCAUCCCACGAUGGGGAACAUGCUCAGUCUUCCACUGAGGCACUAGUUCUGCGCACGGCCAGCCCUCCAUCCCGCACACCCACCGUUAAUCUGCUGACCACUCUGGUUCUUCUGGACACCGAUGCUGAAUCCGUUGGCGAUACAUCAUUGUCUUCUUCCUCAGGGCCCCCCUUGCCCCAGGCCUCCGUGUCACAGGCCUACCGGUUGUUCUCGUCAACCUUGCCGUCGACCAGGGCCUCCACUCGCCCACUGCAGUCCACCCCUCAUGUGCCCACACCUUUGUCUUCCUUGCCACCACCCUCACUAGUUUCUCUGACAGCAUCUGCCCCCGUCUCGCCGUCUGUCUCACAGACAAUCCUCCCACCUUCAUCUUCUACCCUGGUCCUGCCCAAGGCAAGGGACACUCCUGUGACUUCAGCCUGGACGUCGAUAAUGGCAUCAUCCGUGGCGAUGCUCCCCAGCAGUCCAACAGCAGAUCCUAAGAACCAGAGCAGCCCACACCUUGGGAAGAUCGUUACGGAAUCAAAGCCACAGAGCCUGGAGACUCUGCCCGUGGAGGCCACGGAAACUGUAACAGUGAGGUCUACUCUGGGGAUCCCUUCGCCCCUGGCCUUAACGGAGUCCUCCACUGAGCAAACCCUUCCAGCCACGAGCACCAGCUUAGCCCAGACGUCUGCAGCUUUGGUAGCUACCGCUCUCCAGACCUCUCAUCCCCCCGUGCCCAGCCCCCAACCCCCGUCAAGCACAGCAUCUCGGACGGGUGGUCCUACAACAGUACAGACAGUGGCCGGAAAACAGCCCCCGCCAACCAGUCCUGAAAUCCUAGUGGCACGCAUCUCAACAGAAGGUGCCAUCACCACAGGAAGGAACCCAGUGAACAGAGAUGCGACCACCGGAUCCAUCGCCCUGACCAGUGCGCCCACAUCAGCAAAAGAAUGGACCGCGGGGCUUGCCCCUACAGAAGAGCACAGCCUGGCUUCACAUUUCCUCAGAACAUCUCCUUCCCCCCAAAGCACACCCGUUUCUACAGCUAAGGUGUUGACAUCUACAUCGACCACCUUCACUGCUCAGAGCAGCACCCAGUCGUGGACAGCACCGUCAUCUCCAGCCUCAGUUAACAGCUGUGCCACUAACCCUUGUCGUCAUGAUGGGAAAUGCGUUGUGGACCCCACCAGCCGUGGGUACCAGUGUGUGUGCUCACCUUCCUGGCAAGGAGAUGACUGCAACGUGGAUGUGAAUGAAUGCCUCUCAAACCCCUGCCCACCCCUGGCCAUGUGCAACAAUACUCAGGGAUCCUUCACCUGCAGAUGCCCAGUGGGGUACCAGCUGGAAAAGGGGAUAUGCAAUUUGGUUAGAACCUUCGUGACAGAGUUUAAAUUGAAGAAAAUGUUUCUUAAUACCACCGUGGAAAAACAUUCAGACCUCCGUGAAGCUGAAAAUGAGAUCACCAAAACGUUAAAUGUGUGUUUUUCAACAUUACCUGGUUAUACCCGAUCCACAGUUCAUGCUUCUAGGGAGCCCAGUGCGGUGGUGAUGUCACUGCAAACCACCUUUUCCCUGGCCUCCAACGUGACGCUGUUCGACCUGGCCGACGGGAUGCAGAAAUGUGUCAACUCCUGCAGGGCCUCUGCUGAGGUCUGCCAGCUCUUGGGGUCUCAGAGGCGGAUCUUUAGAGCGGGCAGCUUGUGCAAGCGGAAGACUCCAGAAUGUGACAGAGAGACCUCCAUCUGCACCGAUCUGGACGGGGUCGCGCUGUGCCAGUGCAAGUCUGGCUACUUCCAGUUCAACAAGAUGGACCACUCCUGCCGAGCCUGUGAAGAUGGAUAUAGGCUUGAAAAUGAAACCUGCAUGAGUUGCCCAUUCGGCCUCGGUGGUCUCAACUGUGGAAACCCCUAUCAGCUUAUCACUGUGGUGAUCGCGGCAGCAGGAGGUGGGCUUCUACUCAUCCUGGGCGUCGCGCUGAUUGUUACCUGUUGCAGAAAGAAUAAAAACGACAUAAGCAAGCUCAUCUUCAAAAGUGGGGAUUUCCAGAUGUCCCCAUAUGCUGAGUACCCCAAGAACCCCCGCUCACAAGAAUGGGGCCGAGAAGCUAUUGAAAUGCAUGAGAAUGGAAGUACCAAAAACCUCCUCCAGAUGACGGAUGUGUAUUACUCGCCUACAAGUGUAAGGAAUCCUGAACUUGAACGAAAUGGACUCUACCCGGCCUACACUGGAUUGCCAGGAUCGCGGCAUUCUUGCAUUUUCCCCGGACAGUAUAACCCAUCUUUCAUCAGCGAUGAGAGCAGGAGAAGAGACUACUUCUAAGUGCAGCAGAGAGAGGGGCCCGUUGCUGCGGCUGCGCCAGCGGAGCGCCUCCCGCCGCUCCCAGGACUUGUGCAGCCACACCUGCGCGGCCGGUGGAGAGGGGAUGGGCGUGGGGGUGUGUGACCACAGUGUAAGGGGACAGCUGGAGCCCGUGGACGUGGAGCUGCAGGCUGCUCAUCCAGCACCUUCAUUGCUACUGUGAAUGUGAACACGGGCCAGUACGGCAGAGUCCCCGCAUGACUGCAGCUUGGCCGUGGCUUCGGGGUGACUGUUAAUUAGGGCUGAUCAUUCAGGCAUCGGUGCAAGGACCCAGGUUUUCCUUAGUUUGCACUUUAGUAAAUGCAAAAGUAGGGAGGGAGGUCUCCUUUGGAUGUUUCUCAAGACUGCUCCAGAAAGAAGGCCUCUUCUACUCGGGCACUUCCAUAGGCCUCAAUUUGGUGAUUCAUUUACAGCAAAAUACUGGCUCUUUUGUUGUUUUCCUGCCCGGUAGCUACGUGCUGAACAACAGAUGCCGAUGGACAUACCACUAGUGUUUGGAGAUGCUGGAGGUUAACACACCCUCCUAAGUCGUCUCGUGCUAUGUUCUCCAAACAAACCCCCAAAAUGAGGAACUGAAAUUUGUGAGGCACAACACCCAAUUCCAGCUUGUUUUCUUUAGUCAAGGUGACACAUUUAUCUAGGAUUAUUUUUUUUCCCUUUGCAGUUACAUCUGGAUCAGGGCAAAACAACUUCCAUUUGGUUCUAGUUAGAGGCAUCCAGCUGCCCCAUAGUGAGGCCCAGCAAGCACCGGACGAAGGCCCUGGUGGAAAGGUGCCACCCCUGAGGGCACUGCAUGGUGCGUGGGCUCUGACCUCCAUCCUUGAGGCCGAGGCUGCUACAUGUGGAGUAGAAGUGGAGAGCUCAAUGCAGGUUGGGUCUGAGCUGGUACUUCACCACUAAUGGAGAAGCAGCUUUUGUUGUUGCUGCAGCUGAACAUGGUUAGGGAAACGGGCUGAAUAGGCGUAUUCGAUUUUCUGAAACACCAGUGCUUUGGGAAGCCGGGCGUGCAGUUCCUGAGGAAAAAUAGGGAGCUGGGCUGGAGCCACACGCGAGCCUGCUUACCCACCAGUGUGGCAUCUUUGCUAGUAGCCCCGAUCUCGUCUGCAAGCUCAGUGUCGGUUGAGUGGUUCAGCCAACCACUCAAAGCUAUUUAUUCGUUGAAGAAAUAACUUAUUUUCUCUCAAACAGUAAUUUGUAACUCUUUGUACUACUACGGAGUUCCCUCCAGAAACAUGGGUAUAAUUCAAGUCAGCAUUGGAGAACUAAAGACUUCCGGCCAGUUAGGGAGUUGAGCAUUUGCCUUGGGGAAGGACAUUCCACGCGUCUUACUUAACGGUGGCUGAAACGUGGAUCCUGCGAGAGGGGCAUAUCCAGUGCUGUGCCUUUAACUGCUGCUUGUGGAACUGUGAUCAUUCUCAUCUGCGUUUGAACAUUCUGGUUCGGGAUGAAGCGAAGAGAACACAGAGGUAAAAGAAUUGUUCCCACCCUGAAGCUCGGAGCUCAGUGGCACCCACACUUCUGGAAAUGGUGCAGCCUUUGGAGAUGGUUCUGUCCCGGACAUGGUUGUUUCCUCAAGGUUCUCUAAGCUCUUCAGAAUCAAUCUAAUCAUUAGUCUUACAUAAUUCUCAUCCAAACAGUUUCAAGUGCAAACUCCUGAGUCCUGUGGUCUCCACGAGUCACCAUUUCCCUGCUGCAGCAGGAGUACUAGUCAGCUGUGAUACCACUUAGUAGUUUAAAUUGCAUUCAUGUCAUGAGAUAGAUACAAAAAGAAUUGUUUUGUUAGUGGGUGCCAACUUAAAAUUUCAGAGCAUCCCCUUUUAGAAAUCGCGGGUCUGGCCUCUCUCCGUGCAACCGAACAGCCGUUUGUGCCUCGUGGUCUCCCAUCUAACUGGAGAGCUCGAGCUCCUGCACUCAGCACACCUGAGCCAGCAGGCUGGGGCCCGAGGGAGGCGGCUGCUUCCGGGCUUUGGCCGCAGAGCCUCGCUUGCCCCCGGGACCCGGAGCCACAGUGGGGGCUGUCCCCAGGCAUACACGCCUGCCGCCUCCAGCUGACCUCACAGCUGACAGAUCAUCGCCUGUGCCAGGGCCAGAAGCUAUAUGCUUCACGACGUGAAGCAUUCUGUCCCCAAAGCGUCCUGGAGCAGAAUCUCAACAUCCAGAAAAGAGUGUGCUGUGAGUUCCAAGAAUGCUUUCCUGGGAGUGGCUUUUGUGCAUGUGAAGUGGAUUAAGAGUGCUGUUUUUCCUUUUACUGUGAAAAAGGGAGGCCCCCUGCAAGGUUGAGUUCACAUCGUAUCUGCAGUUUCUAGAGGCUUGCAGGGUUGGGGGCGGGUGGCAGUGCCAGUGCCGGCUGCUCGCCUGGGUAAGGAAGGGAGAGGCUGGCUUUGUUCCUGCUCGGGGUUAAGUACCUCUAGAGAGGGUCCUCCCUGAGCCGAGACACAGCUGGUGGGGCCGCGGCCCCUGGGAUGGGGGACAGGCUGGAUGCACCCCUGGUGAGCAGAAGCCCUCGCCUCCGGCACAGGUGCUGUGUCAGCCCCUGUAC